AUGAGUGAACUCGUUGAAGGAAUGAAAGCGGCUUCUCUAGACGACUGGAAGUCGCAACUUAAGCUUCCCAAAAAAGACACACGCCCACAAACUGAAGACGUUACUGCCACAAAGGGCACAGGGUUUGAAGAUCUUGAUCUUAAGCGUGAGUUGCUGAUGGGCAUUUUUGAGGCUGGCUUCGAAAAGCCCUCACCUAUUCAGGAAGAGGCUAUCCCCAUUGCCCUUGCCGGCCGUGACAUUCUGGCUCGUGCAAAGAAUGGAACUGGCAAGACAGCAGCUUUUGCUAUCCCCGCGCUUCAGCAGGUCCAUCCGGCUCUGAACAAAACGCAAGCCCUCAUCCUCACCCCUACUCGUGAGCUUGCUUUGCAGACCUCUCAGGUCUGCCGUACUUUAGCAAAGCAUCUCGGUAUCAAUAUCAUGGUCACAACUGGCGGAACAUCGCUGCGCGAUGAUAUUAUCCGCUUGAACGAAACAGUGCAUGUGAUUGUCGGCACCCCUGGCCGAGUACUAGAUCUUGCCAGCCGUAAAAUUGUUGACCUUAGCGAAUGCCCCCUGUUUAUUAUGGAUGAGGCUGAUAAGCUGCUAAGUCGUGAGUUCACCACAGUAAUCGAGCAGUUAUUGGCCUUUUUCCCUAAGGACCGUCAAACCCUACUGUUCUCGGCAACUUUCCCUCUGGCCGUUAAACAUUUCACGACUAAACAUCUCAACAAGCCAUAUGAGAUUAAUUUAAUGGAUGAGCUCACUCUUCGCGGUAUCACGCAGUAUUAUGCCUUCGUCGAAGAGAGUCAAAAACUGCGAUGCCUCAACACCUUGUUCUCCAAACUGCAAAUCAACCAGAGCAUCAUUUUUUGCAACUCGACCUCUCGUGUUGAGCUACUUGCUCGUAAAAUCACUGAACUUGGGUACUCUUGUUAUUAUUCUCACGCUCGUAUGCCCCAGGAUGCCCGUAACAAGGUAUUCCAUGAAUUCCGCAAUGGAGGCUGCCGCAACCUUGUAUGCACCGAUUUACUUACUCGUGGUAUCGAUAUUCAGGCUGUGAAUGUCGUUAUCAAUUUUGAUUUCCCCAAGACUGCUGAAACUUAUCUCCAUCGGAUUGGCCGAUCUGGCCGAUUCGGUCACUUGGGUCUGGCUAUCAACCUUGUUAGCUGGAACGACCGCUUUAACCUCUACCGUAUUGAGCAGGAGCUCGGUGUUGAAAUCAAACCCAUCCCUGCUCAAAUUGAUGGUGCGCUUUACGUUGCCAACGAUAGUUCUGUGAUCCCAACUCCUAUGAGUGCUCGUGACCCUAGACCCAAAGCCAAGGUCGCCGAGAAGGGCUCUGAUGAGCCCAGCCACACAAACGGAAAACAGGGCAAGCAAAGCAAGCGCAACAGCCCCGACCACAAUUCUUGGCCGAAAGAGGCCUCCGCCUCUUCUCCCUCUCUUGCUCAGAAGGCAUCUACCCCUUCUAGUCAACCAGCCCAACCACCUGCUUCCACGCCCAACGCACAAGCAAACCAGCAGGGAGUCCCUGUUCAGCAAGGCCAGAUGCCCAACCAGUUUGCAUACUACGGUAUGCAACCGGGAGCCAUGCCCAGUGGCCAACUACCUCAGGGGCCUCAGUAUGGCCAGCAAGGAGCACAACAACAGCAAUAUCCGUAUGCUCAAAUGCCAUAUGGCUAUCAGAUGCCCUACAAUGGCUACGGCUACCCCAUGAACGCUUAUCAAGCGCCGAACCCGCAGUGA